AUGCGUAUUCCCCUAUGCAACGGGCCCACUACCAAACGGCUGUUUGGUUCGCUGUAUUCGGAUUCCCCCCGAAUCGGUUACUGGCCUAUUACCCUCAUUGCGCGUAAUAGGCAUUCGCUCCCUCAACGCCGAUUAGCUAUUCCGCCCCCUUUUCAUCUUUUGUUUUCCAUUUUCUACCCACAUCAUAAAGUUUCCAUUUUCUGCCCGAUUCUCCCACGUUUUCUUGCACAUGUAAUUUCUUUUCCCUUCCACUCACUCUGCCAUCGGUUCUUGUUCAUCGUUCCUUUUAUUUUCUUCAUUUUAUCAAGAACGAAAAACCGAUUUGUGGAGGAAUUUUCACUGUUCCCUAAAAUCGAUUUCCCUUUUCUUUCCAAAUGUAUUUUAGCAGCUCGCACUCUUCUUCGAUUUCCUCAUUACAGAUUCCAUAACUAUUGCUUGCAUUGUGCAAGGAAUGCUUGGCAAAAGCUGGGGAACAUGAGUCCAGAGGCGGCUAUGGAGCAGUAUGUUGCCCUUGUUUCAGAUAAAGUUCCGGGGUGGACGAAAGAUACUUCCGAUGGAGAGCGGAAAUUAGAAUCUGCAGACCAAGGCGUUGCUGGUUCUGUGGCUCCUGAUAUAUAUUCAUUUCCAGAUAAACAUGCCAUUUUUAUUCAUGAAAGGAAUGCAGACUCGAAUACUGCUCCAGCAGGUGGUGACAUAACUGAGAGCGUAAGCCUUGAGAAGCAGGUACAUUGUGAAGUAAGAGGGAGUCUUGAACCUUGAGAUGUGGGGAAACCUUGAGAUCAAUUGAAUGUGGGGAAGAACUUUGCAGAUUUAAGAGCCUUACCAAGAUCAAUUGGAAACCUUGAGAUGCUUGAAGAGUUGGACAUAAGUGACAACUAGAUCAAAGUUUUACCCGAUUGUUUCAGAUUAUUGUCGAAAUUGAGAGUUUUCCGAGCUGAUGAGACUCCCUUGGAAGUUCCACCAAGAGAAGUAAUCAAAUUGGGUGCUCAGGUUGUUGUUGAGUUCAUGGCUGAUCUCGUUGCCAAGAGGGAUACCAAGGCAGCACCACCAAAGAAGGAGAAAGGUUUUUGGUUCAGGAUUUGCUCGAUUAGUUGGCCGUUCCGGACUGCAAAUACGGAUGACAACAUGUAACCAAUGAAUUACUACUACAGUUUUUUCUUUUUAGCCCCUUGUAUAUAUCUCAAAAAUGUUUUGGUUUCUUGUCAAAAUGUGUGUGUGUGUGUGUUUAUGCCAGUUCCAUUACUUUGUAAAUUAUUUGUGAGAUUGGUGAGCUUUUCUGCAAAGUUCAAAAUCCUGAUUGCUUGCAAGUGUUUUCAGAUUCAAGUGAAGUGAAAAACCUACAAUUGUAAACCUUUUGGCAUCUAUUUUAUAGCAUCCAAAUUCUACUUUUAGUAUAAA